AUGCCUCACAGACGCCCUCAGCCGGUCGACGUCGAGGAUGACGAGGGUUAUGUGAAGGACCUGUAUCUCAGGUUGGACAAGAUCCGCAUUGCAUCCUUGCGUGCAGAAGCCCGUCGUGCACUAAGUGAACAGAUCGCUUCUCGGCCGCAUAUCCGGAUAAGACGGUGCACGGUAGUUUAUCAGAAGCCCUCUGGUGAAUUUUGCAAGUACUACAUCAACAAGAUCGUCUCAUUCAACACGACUUAA